GUGGAGGUGAGCAGGGUGUAGUCUUUCUGACGCAGGUGUCUCGGUGGAUGUGUUGUUUUCUGUCUCCUAGAACAACCAGGUAACCAUUAACCUUCACAGGUCAGAAUCUGAAGACAAGAAUCAUGGUGGUGACGAUAAAAGUAGAAUACUGCGGCGGAUGAGGCUACGAGCCUCGCUUCCAGGAGCUGAAGCGGGGCAUCUGCGCCAGGUUUCCUGAUGCUGAGGUGUCAGGCUUCGUGGGCCGCAGAGGAAGUUUUGAAGUACAAGUCAAUGAACAUCUGGUCUUCUCAAAAUUAGAAGCAGGAGGUUUCCCUUAUGAAGAGGAUAUUAUGGAGGCCGUUGUUAAAGCUAAGGACGGAAAGCCUGAAAAGAUCACCAGAAGCCGUAAAGAGUGCAUCAUCCUGUAAUGCCCAUUACCAUCUCCUCUGUCCGAUCCACACGAGCAUCUUAAUGCUCUAUUGCAGAAAAUGGUUUAAUUGUUUUUGAAGCUCUUCACUCGUCUCCUUUAUCACUCUAGUUUUUUGGACGUCAAUGAUUGCCGUAGCUCAAAGUUCAAGAGUUAUGGUAUGAAGCUUUAGUCCAGAAAACUCUGAACCCAAAAUAAAGUAAUAAAGAAGAUAGUGAAGAGAAGAGUACUUUUUUCAUUUUAUUUAAUGGUUAGUUUAUUCAAGACAUAUGAGGCACACCUAGUCUUAUUCUGAUACCUAAAACUUAUAUUUAUUGAGUAGAAUUUCAAAGAUAAAGUUACAGAAUGAUUUUUAGUGGAUAAAAAGACAAAUAUUGAUAGGGUAAUUGCUAAGUAACUGGUAAAAUUACUUAAUUUGGGAAAGUUUUUCUUGGAGUACUGAAACUGUUGAUUUAACUAGCUCAAAGAUAAUUGUGGUCCACGUAAUGUAAAAAAAAAAAAAAAAUCAAUCAAUAAAUAGUUUCUGAAAAUA